UAGCAGCUUUCCCGCAGCUCGCUCGCUUUACCCCUCCCAAUCAAGCGCCACUAGUCGCUAGAGAGAGAAAACAACCACACUUAAUUACCACGCGCUUUCUCUCUCCUCCGUCCCAUCGAUCCCUCUCCCAGCCCGCCUCGUCUUCCUAGUUCCUCCGACGCGCGGCGGGGAUCGAUCCGAGCGCGCGCGGGGGGUCAAUGCGAUGCGAGCGACGGUGGCAGAUGAUGAAUCUCUUCCCGUCCCCUCCCGAUCGGCCGCGUCGUCCUAGCUCUGCCGAGUCAAAUUCACCCACAGCGAGAGGAGAGAGAAGGGAGGGGAGAGACUAGAGAGGGAGAGAGGGACAGACAGGCAGGAGGAGUGGUAGAUAUAGAUAGGCUCAUCGCGGAUAGAUCCCCCGCCUCCUCUUCACUCUCCCCAGCAAGCAACCAAGCCCAACCCCGCCUCCGCCGCGCCUGGACCGCGUCGCAUCGCAUCAAAGCCGCCGCAACAGGGACAGCCGCUCCGAAGGGAAGGCAUCCAGCACGAAGAGGAGGCCGCUGGCCAAGCGGGGCGUAGCAGCUAUGGAGUUCGCGAGCUCGUUGAGUAGGUUUUCCAAAGAGGAGGACGAGGAGGAAGAGCAGGAGGAGGAGGAGGAGGCGUCCCCGCGCGAGAUCCCCUUCAUGACAGCGGCAGCGACGGCCACCACUGGAGGGGCCGCCUCCUCGUCGUCAUCGCCUCCCGCGGCGCCGUCGGCGUCGGGCUCGGCUGCCCUCCGCUCCAGCGAAGGCGCCGGGGCAUCCGGCGGCGGCGGCGGGAGCGACGACGUGGAGGUGAUCGAGAAGGAGCACAUGUUCGACAAGGUGGUGACGCCCAGCGACGUGGGGAAGCUCAACCGGCUGGUGAUCCCGAAGCAGCACGCGGAGAAGUACUUCCCGCUGGACGCGGCGGCCAACGAGAAGGGCCUCCUGCUCAGCUUCGAGGACCGCGCCGGCAAGCUCUGGCGCUUCCGCUACUCCUACUGGAACAGCAGCCAGAGCUACGUCAUGACCAAGGGCUGGAGCCGCUUCGUCAAGGAGAAGCGCCUCGACGCCGGGGACACCGUCUCCUUCUGCCGCGGCGCCGGGGAGGCCGCGCGGGACCGCCUCUUCAUCGACUGGAAGCGCCGCGCCGACUCCCGCGACCCGCACCGCAUGCCGCGCCUACCGCUCCCCAUGGCGCCCGUCGCGUCACCGUACGGCCCGUGGGGCGGCGGCGCAGGCGGCUUCUUCAUGCCGACCGCGCCGCCCGCCACACUCUACGAGCACCAUCGCUUCCGCCAGGGCCUCGACUUCCGCAACAUCAACGCCGCCGCGCCGGCCAGGCAGCUCCUCUUCUUCGGCUCCGCUGGCAUGCCCCCGCGCGCGUCCAUGCCACCGCCGCCGCCGCCUCAACCUCCGCGCAACAUUAUGAUGGUGCAACCCAGCCCCGUGGUUACGGCGGGUCUGCCCAUGGUUCUCGACUCAGUGCCGCUCGUCAACAGCCCGACGGCGGCUGCGAAGCGCGUGCGCCUGUUCGGAGUCAACCUCGACAACCCGCAACCGAGCGGCGGCGAAUCAAGCCAAGACACCAACGCAUUGUCGCUGAGGAUGCCGGGAUGGCAAAGGCCGGGGCCAUGGAGGUUCCUCGAAUCGCCUCAACACGGCGCCGGCGUCGGUGCAACUGGUGGGGCCGAGUCCUCCGCAGCCUCGUCGCCGUCGUCAUCGUCGUCGUCCAAGAGAGAAGCGCACUCGUCAUUGGAUCUCGAUCUGUGAGCUAGAUCGAUCAGGCGACCUCGAUCGAUUCGGAGCGUACAAAAGGAAAGUUGAACAAUUCUUCCUUCCAUCUGCUACCUUCUUCUUAAUCAUCUUCUUCACCUUUUGAGAUUCCAUUAUAACUUUUGAUGAUAGAAUUUAGCUUCUUAACAUUUUGUUUUCUAAACUUUGUUUCGGCCAUUCAAAUUCUUGUGUUGGCUUGACAAUAUAUAGAGAGAAGUUAGGCGAAUUAAUCAAUUAUUAAUGCUUUCAAAUCUGACUCAGUUUUUUCUUCACCA